AUGUUUUCCUUCCUUGCAGUAUACAUUUUUAUUUAUUCUAUAGGCGUUGUUAGCUACAAUGGAAUACAUGGAUGUUUGAAGUGUACGACAAAAGGCGAAUACUCAUAUUCAAGUCGUACAGUGGUAUUUCCUGAGACUAAAGCAUUACUCAGAACAGAUCAAAAGUUUCGUUUAAAAAAAUAUGGUGGACACCAUAAGGGGACGGAGACGCCAUUAUUAAGAAUUUCUGAGCUGGAUAUGAUCCAAGAUUUUAUCAUAUCAGAUUCAUUACAUUUAUUGGAACUUGGAGUAGUUAAGCGAUGUCUUCUCGGAUGGAGGGACGGAACACUUGGAUUAGAAGGAAAACUUUGUGCUCGCGAUAUUAACAAAAUUUCUAAUGCAUUACCAAGAGAAAUACAUCGACCAAUGAGGAGCAUGAAUUGUUUAGCCUUCUGGAAAGGUGUCGAAUAUCGUAGUUUUCUAAAUUACGUUGGAAUUGUUGUUUUAAAAGAUGUUGUAAAAGAUCAUAUAUAUCAACAUUUUUUACUUUUAUUUGUAGCAACAAAAAUUUGUAGUUGUGAUAUAUACAAAAAAUAUCUUUCUGUAGCACAACUUAUGUUCGAAACCUACGUUGAACAGUUUAAAAAUAUUUAUAGUGAAGAUUAUCUCACCAGCAAUGUUCACAACUUAGUGCACGUAGUAGAUGAUGUUAACAGAUUUGGAGUAUUACAAUCUAUAUCUGCUUAUCCAUUUGAACACGCAUUAUUUCAAAUAAAAAGAUUGCUACACAUGGGCAAUUAUAACUUAGAACAAGUGGUUAACAGACUCUCAGAGAGAAAUGAGAUUAUUUUAUCAAAUGUUAGACACUCAAAGAAAUUACUGCCAUCAAAUAUUAAUAAAAGAGGAAAUGUGGUUUAUUUUCUAAGCAAGGAUGGUUUGUAUUUAAGUAAUAAUAUGAAAGAUGCAUGGUUUUUAACAAAAACAAAUGAUAUUGUGAAAAUGGUUACAGCUUUACCAGAAAAUGAUAAAAUAAAAAUCCAAGGUCACUCUAUUAAAAAAAAAGAAGAUUUUUUCAAAAUACCUAUUUGCUCAUCUUAUUUACACAUAUUUUGUGCGGACGCAUUUAACUUACAAAUGUUAACAUUUUACAAUCCAGAUGAUAUAUUUUGUAAAUUAGUAACCAUCCAUUAUAAAGAUAAUAUUUCUGUUUUUAUACCUUUACAUCAUACAAUAGCCAACUAUUGA